AUGUUGCCUUUCAAAAGAACUUAUGAAUCCACUAUGGAUACUGAAGAUAUCCGUGAUAUCGAAGAAAUGGGAUCCAAUCAACUUUUUUGUUCGCAACAGUUUCAACCACGUGAUUUUUUACAGUUUCAACAACAAAUUUUCUUUAAUUCUCAUUUAUAUGCACAAGAUGAUUUAUCUGCAUUGAAUGAUUUUGAAUUAUAUUCUCAGAUUCAACCUCCAACAUCAAUAUCCGUUAAUGUAUUGAAUCCAACUUCAUCUACAACAAGUAUUGACGAUAAAUCAUCUUUAACGUCUGAAGAAUUUCAACGUCUCAAGAAAAUAGUAGAUAUAUUUAUGAAGUCAAAUAAUUCUAAAAAUACUACCAACAAAAAUUCAAAUUCUAUUAUCCUCAAUUUGCCAAUUUGUAUUGAUGAACAAACCGAUAUAAAAUCAAUAUCUUCUCCUUUAAAUUCUCUACUUAAUCCCACUUAUCCAAAUUAUUAUUAUUUAGUUGAUUUAAUUGUAAAAGUUAGUAAAAUUAUGAACAUUAAGAUUAAUUCUCCAAACUCAACUUUUUUAAGUCACCAAAUAAAAUCCCCAAAAACGAUUAGCUAUCGUAUAAAUAAUACAAAAAACAUCCCCACUUCUAGUCCAUCAGGACUGUUGAUAAAUCCUUCAUUAAAUGAUAUUUGUAAAUCUUUGAUAAAUAUUUAUUUUACAAAACUUAAUAUUAUCAUUCCCUUUAUUGAUCCAAAAAAAUUUAAUGAUCAAUGCGAAAGAAAAAAAACAAAACAUUUUGAAUUGUUGAUUCAUUCUAUACUAGCCAUGGUUUCUGCAAGAUGUCCUUAUGAUCCUUCUUUAAAACAAUCUCUGACAAGACCAGGUGGUAUUUUCUUUGAUUCUGCAAAGAAACUAUUGGAUACAAUGUAUGAUACUCCAAGAUUGGAAACUAUACAAUCAUUAUUACUUUUAAGUAUGUGUGAAAUUCACCCAUCAAGAUUCAAUAAUGGUUACAUGUUUCUUGGUAUGGCCAUUCAAAUGGCACAUCUGUUACGCAUCGAUGUGAUCGAUGACUCUUUGGAUCCUGGUGAGAAUGAAGAAAGACAGAGAAUUUACUAUUGUUUAUAUAUCCGUGAUAGAUGGCAUUCAAUUCUUCUAUCAAAACCUCCUGUGAUUAAUUUUGUGGCCAACCGAGUUCCUUUACCAAAAUUAGCUUCAUUUUCUCAGUUAGUGAAGGAUCACUUUAUAGCGUUUGUAGAACUUUCGCACAUUCUUGGACAUAUUUGGACUUUCGGUUAUUCUCCUAGUUCUAAACCAUCGUGUGAAGAUUGGCGCCAUCAUUUAGCAAAUCCUUUAAGUGAUCUUAUGAAAAUACGAUCUUCAUUAGCAAAUUGGUUAAAAAAAUUACCAAGCACAUUACAAUACCUUUACCUUCCUGCUACAGAUUUGAGAAAUAUUUAUCAAUUGGCAAGCUUUUCAGAUUUUACUGGAUUUAUAAAUAUACUUUUUCAUACUUGCAUAAUUCUUGUCCAUGAACUCUAUAUACCAAUACCUCAACCACAUACAGAUCAAAAUCAUAAAUCGUUACAACAUAGCCCAAUUCAAAUUUGUCUCAAUUCAGCCAUCGCGAUUAUUGAUAUUGCAAAAACGACUCGUGAAUUCGACGCUGAUGCAUUUUAUCACUUUCUAUUUCCAGUAUAUUCAUUAUUACAAGCUACAACAAUACAAUUCGUGAUUAUGAAUAUAUCAAAAGAAUAUGAAUCAAUAGUCAAAUUAUCAUUAGAAAAUUCAAUCAAAGAAUUAAAAUUGAUUUCUAAACAUUGUUCAGUUAGUGUAUUACAAGAUGCAGUAAACGAAUUUGAAAAUAUUGUAAAGAUUACUAAUGACUUGAAAUUCACAAAUGAGUUCUCUCGAUUAUCGGAAUUGCAAGAUGAUCAUAACGAUGAUAAUGAUGAGGCAGGUGCUUCAAGCCAGUAA